AUGUUAACAGCCCAUUCAGUGGCCAUUUCAAUUUUGCCACCCAUCAUACACCCACCUCCAACUGCAUUAACAUCCCAAACGAUAUCCUCUUGUCUUCCAAAAUUAACACCCGGAUCCAAGAGCAGACUGCGGAACGGCAAAGCUAGAGUUUUCACUCAAUCCCCGAUACUUGCAAUCCUCUCUGACCCACUUGUUCUCCAACUUGCAGAAACUCUUGAAGACUCCCUCCAGUCAUCAUCAUCUGCACCUCUGCCUCCUCUGCAGAAGCUUAGAGACAUAUCCUCCCAAUCCCUUCUCUCGACCUCAUGGCCUUCACGGAAGGAUGAAGCUUUUAGAUUUACUGAUACUUCUUUUAUCAAGAACUCUCAUAUCGAACCCAUAUCACUCUCUGAGUCACAAUCUUUGGCUCCUUUGCCGGAUUCAAGUGAUGCCCUUUUUCCGUUAAAUGUUACUAUACUUGAUGGAUAUUUAGUGGACUCUUUGUCACAUUUAUCUGAAUUGCCUGAUGGGGUGUUUGUUGGUGGUCUGUCAAGCAUAAAUUCUGAAGCUACAAUGAAAAGGGUAUCUGAAUGUAUACCAAAUUUUCAGGGGGACUUGUUUUGGCUACUUAAUGGAGUGGGUGCUCCUGAUAUAAUUGUUAUAUAUGUGCCGGAGGGGUGUAGAGUUGACAGUCCAUUGCAUUUGAAGUACCUUUCUCUGAAAGGAAGUGAAAAGGAUUCAAAAACUUUGCCAGUUUCAAAUCCGAGGGUGUUAGUUUUGGUGGAGAAAGGCGGGGAGAUUGGUUUAGUUGAGGAAUAUACCAGCGUAGAUGGGACUGAUAAGUCUUAUUGGGCAAAUUCAGUUAUGGAUAUUGUCGUUGGGAAUGGGGCAAAGGUCAGCCAUUCUUAUAUUCAAACACAGUCCUUGGGUGCUGCACAUGUUAAAUGGACUUCGGUUCGCCAGGAAUCAACUAGCAUCUACGAGCUCACGGAAGUAAGCACCGGUGGAAAAUUGAGCAGGCACAAUUUACAUGUGCAGCAAGUAGGGCCAGAAACUGUGACCGAGUUAUCAACAUUUCACUUAUCAAUUGGUGAUCAAAUACAAGAUCUACAUAGUAAAUUAGUCUUGGACCAUCCACGCGGGGUUUCUCGUCAACUUCACAAAUGUAUCGUGGGUCACUCAUUGGGGCAGGCUGUUUUUGAUGGGAAUGUACAAGUCAAUAGAGAUGCUCAGCAAACAGAUGCAGGACAACUAACAAGGAGCCUUCUGUUGGUGCCUCGGGCUACUGUCAAUGUUAAGCCUAAUCUUCAAAUCAUUGCAGACGACGUCAAGUGCUCCCAUGGAGCUGCUAUUAGUGAUUUGGAAGACGAUCAACUCUUCUACUUCCAAGCACGUGGUAUUGACGUAGAAGCUGCAAGAAAAGCUCUUAUAAUUUCAUUUGCCGCUGAGGUGAUAGAGCGUUUUCCUAACAGCUUGCAAACGAAAGUCGAGGGUCUAAUAAAAUCUUGGGUUUAUCUCACGUUCUUAUUUCUCAUUGCAACGUAUCAUCAAUUUUCUCUCUACGGAUACUGCUGCCACUGCAACCAAUCAUCGGCUAAUCGAAGUUACGUAGAGAGAUGCCUGCUUUACCGGCAAACAGGUAAUGAAAUUAGUCCUCUCACUCUCGCGAGUCUUGGUAUAAAGAGUGAAUUUGAAACUGCAAUUGGGAAUGAGAAAAAUAAACUGAAUCAAGGGGUUUCCACAAUUGAAGUCCCAAGAAGAAGAGAGAAGAAGGUUAAUAUUAGUGGAAUUAAGGGUGUGAAGAAGAAAGAGAGAGUUGAUAUAGAGGCAUUGGCCCCCUUUGCUGCAAAAUCUUUUUCUGAGCUUGGCCUCCCACCGUUAUUAGUUGAGAGGUUAGAGAGGGAAGGCUAUGAAGUUCCCACAGAUGUUCAGGCUGCAGCCAUUCCCCCAAUUUUUAAGAAUCAUGAUGUUGUUAUUCAGUCCUACACGGGGUCGGGGAAAACAUUGGCGUAUCUUCUUCCCAUACUCUCUGAAGUGGGACCACUUAAGAAGGAUAAUCAACCUAGAGACAAUAUGGACAUAGAAGCUGUGAUUGUGGCGCCUUCAAGGGAGCUUGGAAUGCAGAUUGUGAGGGAAGUUGAGAAGCUUCUUGGACCUGCAGAUAAGAGAUUGGUGCAACAACUUGUUGGAGGCGCAAACAGGUCGAGGCAGGAAGAGGCUUUAAAAAAGAACAAACCAGCCAUUAUCGUUGGAACACCUGGGAGGAUUGCGGAAAUAAGUGCCGCCGGCAAGCUUCAUACACAUAGCUGUCGAUACUUGGUUCUAGAUGAAGUGGAUCAACUCCUUGCAUUUAGUUUUAGGGAGGAUAUUCAUCGUAUAAUACAGCAUGUCGGUAGGAGAUCUGGUGCCAGUCUGCCUGGUGCAAAUGGUCCUAAAACUAGGCAAGCUGAUCGUCAGACUAUCAUGGUGUCUGCAACAGUGCCGUUUUCAGUGAUUAGGGCAGCUAGGAGUUGGGGUUGUGAUCCACUUCUUGUCCAAGCCAAAAAUGUUAUUCCACUAGAAUCUGUUGCUCCCCAUGCACCUGUUAACCUGUUAGGAACUUCUUCUGAUUCCAAUUUAGGCACAAACGUACAGACUCCAGCCCCAAUGUGCCUACCACCUUCUCUGAAACAUUAUUAUUCCGUUACAAGGGUACAGCACAAAGUGGAUAUGUUAAGAAGAUGUGUACACGCAGUUGAUGCCAAAUGUGUGAUAGCUUUCAUGAACCGCUCCAAACAACUAAAAGAUGCUGUAUUUAAGUUGGAGGCUCGUGGAAUGAAAGCUGCAGAGUUACAUGGAGAUCUGAGUAAGCUUUCUAGAUCAACCAUCUUAAAGAAAUUUAGGAAUGGGGAAGUGAGGGUGUUGUUGACGAAUGAACUUUCUGCUAGAGGAUUGGAUAUACCAGAAUGUGAUCUUGUAGUUAAUCUGGAAUUACCCACUGACACAAUUCAUUAUGCACAUCGAGCUGGCCGAACUGGUCGUCUUGGCAGGAGGGGUACUGUGGUCACCAUAUGCGAGGAGCCAGAAGUCUUUGUUGUUAAGAAGCUACAGAAGCAGCUUGGGGUCUGUAUUGAGGCUUGUGAGUUUACAGAGGGGAAACUUGUUGUGAACGAAGAAGAGAAGACAUAG